UUUGAUUCAUUUGAUAGUAAAAAGAUCUGAUGCUAACAGUAUAGUUAAGAAAGUAUCAGAGCUUACAGGCAGACCUGAUGACCAGAUGAGACUUCUUUUCAUCCUCCUCCUUGCUUACCCUCUGGGCUACCUCCUUAGGUACAUUAGAGGAAAAUGGGUGAGACAUAUAUACUCAAUUGUGAUUGGUGUAGUCCUCCAAGUGUUCAUGUUCAAAGAAGGAGUCCUUCAUUUCUGGGGCCUAGGAAUUGUAGUAUACUCGAUCAUUACCUUUGUGGACAGAAAGAAACAACCCUGGAUCGUCUUUGUAGUUUGUCUAGCACAUCUCUCCUUCAUGCAUAUCUACAGAAUGCUGUUUGAUUAUGGAAACUGGUCCUUGGAUGAGACAACAUUUUUGAUGCCAUUAAUUUCAAGACUCUCAUCAUUGGGAUUCGUGUACGCUGAUGGAGCAAAAGAUGACAAACUUUUAACCAAAGAUCAGAUCGAGAGAAAAGUUACUACUAAGCCAACUAUCAUUGAAAUUUUAAGCUAUAUCUCGUUCCCAUGAGCCUGAAUCUGUGGUCCAUUCUUCGAAUUCAGAGAUUAUAUCGAUUACAUUGAGGGUAAAGGUAGAUAUGAGAAAAUUCCCUCCUGCUUCACUUUUCUUAGCAAGAAGUUGAUAGAAGUGUUGAUAUUGCUAGCGUUUGCCUUGGUUGUUCCUACCUAUUUCAAGAUUGACCAGCUCGGCACUGAAUGGCUGUAUAGCAAACCUCUGAUCUUCCAGUAUAUCUAUUUCAUGCUUACAAUGUUUGGAUACAGGACAACUUACUACGUGGCAUGGGCCGUGAACGAUGGAGCGAUCUGUUUAUCAGGCCUUUCAUUCUCAAGAGUCACAAAGGAGGGUGAAGCUAAGUUCGAUAAAAUUAUCAGUGCUAAUGCAUACGAGCUAGAGACCUGUACUGUUCCUAGGGAAGGAAUUAAGCAUUGGAACUGUAUGACUGCUGAAUGGCUCAGACAUUACGUAUACGAAAGAAUUAGACCAAAGGAUGGUAAAGAUCCGACAUUGGCAACCAUUGGUACGAAUCUCGUGUCUGCUUUCUGGCAUGGAUUUUACCCAGUGUAUUAUAACACUUUCUUCUUCCUCGCUAUUGUUUCAGAAAUCGGAAAGGAUGUCUUCAGAUUAAAGCAUUUGUUCACAUUCAUCCCAUUCUCCAUUAAUCCAAUUCUCAGAAACUUAUUGGUGAUGACAUCAUUGAACUAUCUCUGCUCAGGAAUGGGUAUACUUGAGAUGAAAAAGGCAUAUGCUUACUAUAAGAUGUACUACUUCUACUGGCACAUCGUACUCAUUGUGUCAUUUAUUGGCCUUAGAUUCUUCCUGCUUCCCAAGUUCAAACAGAAAAAGAACAAAUCUAAGCAAGAGUAAAAGGAUCUGAACUUGAACUAGAGUUAAAUCCUAAUUUGUCAAUAAUAUCAAAAUA